AUGGCUAGAAGAAAUAAAAGUAGCUCUGGCGUUAGAGGGCCGAACUCAGCGCUCACGGAAUUCUUACGUACUGAGGGUAUUACUGAAGCUUUUAGACAGAGAAGGGAGAGGCAGCAGAGGAAUGAAGAGCAGGGCGAGAGCGAAGAUAUAGAAGAUAGGAAUAUUAGUAAUGUUCAAGAAAUAUCUGAGAAUGAUGUCAGUAGUUCAGAAUCUGCAACUGGGAGAAGAAACGUAAGAUCACAAACUGAGGAGGAAUCUGAUGAAGAAAGUCAGAUAAGGGCUGCAGGCAGGAAAAAGAGAAGAGCAGCUAGAAGGAAUAGAGGAGGCAACGGGUUUCCUAGCGACAGUGAUGAUGAUUAUGAUGAUGAUUAUGAGGGUAAUAUCAGCGAUGACGACUUGAAUGCUGAUAGUUUUAAGAAGUUUGGAGAGGAAGAUUCUUGUGUCGAAUGCGGUGAAACAUUUCAUCUAACAGUCUACUCAAGGUAUAUUCGGGAAAAACGUGGGUAUCUCUGUGAAUCUUGUAAUGAGGUACUCAAGCAGAAGGAGCGCUUAGCAAGAAAAAACCAACUUAAUGCUCGGAAAAAGAGAAAGAAGGUGGCUCAGGCAUUACUUGACAAAACCGUUGUUAAGAUUCCAACGUUACAAGAUAUAUGUAUCAAAAAAAUCACGGACAACAUUAAUGAUGUGGAUGUACUAGGAGACAUAGGUCAGAUGAACUUGAACAAAAUAUCUAAGAUUUUGUCAAAAAACAGGUCUUUGAAUGAUUCUACUAUGACUCUAUUCUUAUCGCCAGAAUUAAAGUCAUUAGAAUUCUGGGAUUGCUCCAACGUGGAUUCAGACUCAUUAAAUAAAAUUGCAUCAUAUUGUUCUAACUUGGAAAGCCUAACAUUAUUCAUGUGUGGUCAAUUACAUAAUGACAAUUUGAAAUAUUUUAGUUCCAACUUAAAAAGCUUGUCUCAUUUAGCUUUAGAUGGUCCAUUUUUAAUAAGUGAAGUUGCAUGGCAGGAAUACUUUGAAACUUCGGGAUCUUCCUUGCAAAGUUUUGAAAUCAGAAAUACACAUAGAUUUAGUAACGAUUCAUUUAUCAGCUUACUUGAAAAUGCCGGUGCUAAUUUAAAGCUGUUAAAGCUUUCAAGGUUAGAUGGAGUAGAUGCAGCAUCCGUUUACGAACUUCUUCCACAUUAUAUCCAGUCUAAUAAGCUCCAUGCUUUGGAGCUCUCCUAUCCUUUAAGUGAAGAAUUGAUUUCCGAUGAUCUAAUAAUCAACAUAUUAUCGGUUACAGGAGAGUCUUUAAGACAUCUUACCUUGGAUGGUUGCACUCAGUUGACUGAUAGAUUUCUUCUUGAGGGUCUCGUUAAAUUUUGUCCUAACCUCACACACUUAUCGUUGAACUACUUGGAUCAGCUAACAAACGAUGGCUUUUUUAGAGCAUUUGAAGAUUAUGGCAAUACCAAUACUGGAGGGUUAAUAGAUGUGAAAUUGGUAAAGUGCACCGGAUUGGGGGAUAAUGGUAUAUAUUCUUUGUUAAAGCAUUCGUGUGCUACUUUAGUUGAACUAAACUUGAAUGGGAUUCACUCCAUUUCACAUGAUUUCAUUUUUCAGGUUUUCACUAGCGAUUCGCAUCCUGUAAAGAUAGCCACUAGAAAGAAAAUAGAAUCAGGGAAUGAGCAAUUGAAUAACACUGUCGAUAAACCUCUUGAAUUUUUUGAGAAACUUGAUUUCCCUUUAUUGACUGCAAUGGAUAUUGGCUUUGUCAGAGCAUUCGACAACGAAAUUCUAGAAUUAGUGUCUCGAGAAUGUGAAAAGCUAGGUAUCUUGGAAGUGUUUGGAGACAAUAAAUGCACCUCUCGUGCGAAAGUACCGCCAGGUUUGAUUGUUAUUGGAAGACAGAGUGAUAUUAUUUAG